AUGACUAUUGCUCACUACGGUGUCUGGGCUUGCACCCCUACCUCCUAUCAGGCCCAAAAUGAGCAGCAAGACUCAAAGUCUCCCCAUAUCUACCUUCACUUUACCGACUCCUCCUCUUCCACUUCGAGCCGGAAAUUGGAGGCCGCCAUCAAUGUCAAAUCGACUGAUAAAGACACCCGCCUUGUCUUCUGGCUAAACCGUGACUUCUCGCACCCCAUCACUGAGAAACUAUCCCAAAUCGACUUGGGCUUCCACCUAGCACAGUCCAGCAGCUCAAACAGCCAAAGUGACGAGACCACCGGAGGUAGUCACCACAGACGCCACCACGGUUACCAUUACAAUCAUAGCCAUGAGCGCCGCACUCAGUCAACCCUACAGGGUCUAGAUUUCAUUCGCACUAAGAACCUUGUGGACAUCAAGUCCGGCCAGGUCUUGCCAGACGAUAUUACCGGCCCCAACAACGAUAUUCUUGAUAAGCUGGAGCCCAUUCUCACCGAUGCAAUCAACCAGAAGGCGACCGCCUAUAUCUGGGGUUCAUCUUAUGGAUCAGGUAUCCAUGAUAUCCACAUGAACCAGGGCAGUCUUCCUAGUUUUAGCAAUGGUAUUUAUGAGGACGGCGCCAUUCUGUUCAAAUUUGAUGAUGGGCACUGGGAGGCUGUUUUCCUUGCAUUUGCAUCGCAGAAGAUUCCUACCGAUGAUAAGGGAGAGGCGGAAUCGAACAGCCAGUCUUUGGCUUCCAUUCUUGGGGCCAGCGAAUAA